UGUCGACUGCAUCGUGCUUGCCCUUAGAACGCAUGUUUGGAUUAUUGACGCUAAAUGGCGCUCGUCUUUUUUUUGCACCGUUAGCGUAUCCCGCAGUUUUUUUCCACCUUCUUCCCAAUCACUCCAAAGCUGAAUGCACGGAAUUGCUCGCGUGAAUCUGCACAUGUGUGAGGAGGUGAAAAUGACGAUCUGCACGUGAGGCAUUCAUUCGGCUGUGUGAUGAUGUCAGAAUGGGAUGAACGGGCUGUGUUUGUCGGCAUGGAGACGGGCCAGUUUUUUCAAUGCGAGGCUGCUGUUGCAUAGAGACACAUUUAUCUAUACUUAAAAAAAAAACCCAAAAAACACCCCAAACAACAUGGUGACUCAAGGUUGAUGCUGUGUAAUGAUGAUUAUUUAAGCAGAGCGACACCCCUUAUCUAGCAGGAUGGAUUUGUUUUUUGUUUGUUUGUUUUUUUUUUAUCUCAAUAAGUCUCAAUUGCAACAGGACAGAGAUAUGGGCUGGGCCAGUGGCGUCAAACUCUUGAGCUGAACGGUCACCAAGGCCGUCACGUCCACUCCGCGAGUGACUAAGUGAAGAGAGGAAAGCGAGAAAGCCAGCAGAAUCGCCAGCGUCCACACCUUGGAAGCUUUUCAUCUGAAUGGAAACAUGGACGCCUUCCGCGGAGGCUUUUUGACUCAACAUGUCCAGAAGCUAUGAGCCGGGCCACUCAGUAGGGAUGUUGGCGGCGGUGGAACACGGUCCCAUCCUGUGCAGCGACUCCAACAUCCUGUGCUUGUCGUGGAAGGGCCGCGUGCCCAAGAGCGAGAAGGACAAGCCCGUGUGCCGCCGGCGCUACUACGAAGAGGGAUGGCUAGCCACGGGCAACGGCCGCGGCGUGGUGGGCGUCACUUUCACCUCCAGCCACUGCCGGCGGGACAGGAGCACCCCGCAGAGGAUCAACUUCAACCUCAGGGGGCACAACAGCGAGGUGGUGCUGGUGCGCUGGAACGAACCCUUCCAGAAGUUGGCCACAUGUGACAUGGAGGGAGGAAUUUUCGUGUGGAUUCAGUACGAGGGAAGAUGGUCGGUGGAGCUGGUCAACGACAGAGGAGCCCAAGUGAGCGACUUUACGUGGUCCCACGACGGCACUCAGGCGCUCAUCGCCUACCGCGACGGUUUCGUGCUGGUGGGCUCGGUCAGCGGCCAGCGGCAUUGGUCUUCGGAGAUCAACCUGGAGAGCCAGAUCACCUGCGGCAUCUGGACGCCCGACGACCAGCAGGUGUUGUUUGGAACGGCCGACGGCCAGGUGAUCGUGAUGGACUGCCACGGCCGCAUGCUGGCGCACGUGCUGCUGCACGAAUCCGACGGCAUCGUGGGCAUGUCCUGGAACUGCCCCGACUUCCUGGUGGAGGACAGCACCGAGAGCGACACCGACUCCGACGACAACUUCCUGCCUUUAGUGCGGCGAGUCAAGCCUUUGUUGACGGUCACCUUCUUGUCGGGAGAAAUCAGCUUGAUGAGCAACUACGAUGACCUGUCCCCUGCCGUCAUUCGCUCGGGUUUGAAAGACGUGGAGGCGCAGUGGUGCUCCCAGGGGGACCUCCUGGCCGUGGCCGGCAUGGAGAGACACGGGCUGCCUUCCGACGCCGGCGUGACCAGGAACGCUCUGGUGAAGUUCUACAACGUGCAAGGGGAACACAUCUACACUUUGGAAACGCCCGCGCAGAGGCCCAUCACCACCAUCUGCUGGGGCCACCGGGACUCGCGGCUGUUUCUGGCAUGCGGUCCGGCGCUGUACGUGGUGCGCGUGGAGCAUCGCGUGGCCAGCCUGCAGCUGCUCUGCCAACAGGGCAUCGCCAGUGCCCUGCGGGAGGAGAAGGACGUGGGCAAGCUCAACAUGCCCUCGCUGCUCUGCUCCUACGUCACCACCGCCUUCAUCCCCACCAUCAAGCCGCCGAUCCCGGACCCCAACAACAUCCGAGACUUUGUCAGCUACCCGACGACUGGCAACGAGCGGCUGCACUGCACCAUGAAACGGGCGGAGGACAGCCCCGAGGCGGGCGGCCCGUGCUACACGCUCUACCUGGAGUACCUGGGAGGGCUGGUGCCCAUCCUCAAUGGCCGGCGCAUCAGCAAAUUGAGGCCCGAGUUUGUCAUCACCGAUCCCAAAACUGACGGCAAAACGGAGGAGGUGUGCGUCAACCCCAUGAUCUCGUACGCCGACAGCUGCAACUGCUCCGACUCCAGCGACGUGGAGCUGAGCGACGAAUGGGUCGGCAAGAAGUCACCCAAGUUCUCCCGGGGGAACAGAAUGAACCUGGAACCGCGCAAAUCUCCUAAACUGUCCCGCGGCCACCAGGACGGUCAGCGGUCACCGCGGUUGGCAUCCAAGAAGCCUCUGGUUCGAUCCCCCAGCCUGACGCGCCGGGAGUUUUCCAUGGACGGACUCACCGAGCACAAUUACUUGGCUCAGGUUACAUCCAACAUCUGGGGGACAAAGUUCAAAAUUGUGGGACUGGCUUCGUUCUUGCCCGCCAAUCUCGGCGCAGUCAUCUACAAGACAAGCCUGCUUCAUUUGCAACCGCGGCAGAUGACCAUUUACCUGCCGGAGGUGCGCAAGAUCUCGCACGACUUCAUGAGCCUGCCCGUGUUCAACCCCAACGUGUUCAGCGAGGACGAGGACGAUUUGCCAGUGAUGGGCUCAUCGUCAGGAGACAACCCACCCUGUACCGUCAACAUUCCCAUCGCUCCCAUCCACAGCCCGGCUCAGGCCAUGUCGCCCACUCAGAGCAUCGGCCUGGUUCAGUCUCUCCUGGCCAAUCAGAACAUUCAGCUCGAUGUCCUCACCAACCCCACAACCAACGCUGCAGCCGCGUCCGUCUCCGUGCCCGCGUCCGACCGCAGCCAAGACCCCCCGCUCGCCGCGCCGUAUCCGGUUCCCGCUAGAUACCCAAACCCCGGGCAGGUGAUCUUCAACGGGCUGGAGAUGGGUCCGCUGCUCCCCGGUACGCUACCUCCACCGCCGCCGCCUCACCAUCUCCCACCCCAGCCGCGGUCCCAGCAGCUGCAAUCCAGGCAGCAGCAGCAGCAGCAGCAGCAGCCGCCGCAGGCCCAGCAGCAGCAGCAACGACAUCAUCUUCAGCAGCUUCACCACCAUCAACCUCCGCAUCAGCAGCAGCACCAGGUCCAGCAGCACCAACAGAUGCCACCGAAUCCACCGCCGGUGGCGGGUGGGCACCCGUUCCAGCAGCAGCAACAGAUCCAGCAGCAACAACAACAAAUGCAGAUGCAGCACGAACAAAUGCAACAGCAGCAGCAGCAGAUGCAGCAGCAGCAGCAGCAGAUCCGCCAGCAGAUUCAGGAGAUGAGACAGCAACAGCAGCAGCUCCAGCAGCAGCACCAGCAGAUCCAGCAGCAGCACCAGCAAAUGCAGAGGCAGCACCAGCAAAUGCAGCAGCAGCUGAAGAUGCAAAUGGCCCUGCCGCCGGCACCCACCGGCUACCCCGCCAUUGCCCUACAGCAGAUACAUCUCCUGCCGCCGCUUCCCCCGCCUCCCACCACAGAGCCCGGACUGGAUCGAGAGUACGCGUUGAAGCCGAGCCUUCCCCGGACUUUACCCCCUUCCUUUAGUGCCAGGGAUGGUGGAUCUGUAGAGAUCCAGGCGAGGAAGGUGAAUCCUCCGCCUCCCUACCCCGGUACGGUGGCGUCCGCGGCGGCCGCAGCCAACGCCGCGGCUCAAACGCUGGUCACAAACUGCGACAGCCCCGGCAUCCUGUCUCCGGACGGCUGCCUGAAGAAAGACGACUUUCUGCUUCAGCCCGUGACCAUCCAGUACCCGACGCCUCUCGGGUACGAAAGGAUAACGACAUUCGACAGCAGCGGUAACGUCGAGGAAGUCUGCCGCCCCCGAAGGCGCCUCGUCCGCAACCAAAACGCGUACGCCGCCCACGGCUCGGCCACGCUGAAGGUAACCUCCUCGGAGAAUAAAAAGAUUCAUCUUCCCUACAGCUCGGCGACACUCAGCCGUCUGUCGGUCCCACGCUACUCCAUACCAAGCGGAGACCCGCCCCCUUAUCCCGAUCCGGCCAAUCAAGUCCCGGCUACCCUCGCACCUCCGCCGCAGAGAUUAGAAAGCAGUCUGAUCCACGCCACCCUGCGCCGGGAGCGCCGCGACGUGACGCUAAAGGUUCCCGCCAUGAUGGACAGCUCCAGGACGCUUCCCACCAAGGCCAAGAUGAACAACAGCGCGUUGGGUUUGAGCUACCAGCAGAGGCUGCCCACCGCGUUGUACACGUGCACGCAGUGCAGCAGCAACAGCAGCGGGACCAGCGUGAGCGUUAGCGGCGGCGGGACGUCCAGUAGCGGCAUUGCGGGUGGCACGGUGGUCAGGCAGGACUUCCCCCCGGGGAAAGGAGCGCACCACAGCACAAUCAUCGUGCACUCCAAAAGUACCUCCCAGUCAUCCUACAGUCUCCUGGGUACCAUGGACACCAGCCGGGACAGAACGGUGUACGUCAACUCCGCUUUCACCGAGGACGAGACCCUCGGCCAGCACCGUCACCCGGACAAACCCGUCCGGCAGAUGACCCUCGGUGACGUCGGCCUCUCGGCAAAACGCCCUCCGCCUUACCAGUGGGAGGCUUCCUCCGCGGAGGAGUUCUGGCUGGCUCCGGAGCAAACCAUGCUGACCCCCCCGGCGCCUCCUCACAAACCCCCUCCGCUCAUCCUCGGCCAGGUUCAGCACUUGGACGUGACGCGGCUACCGUUUGUCCUCACGACGAAGCCGCCGUCCAGCCCCGGCACCAGCACCCUCACCUUCCCGUCGGGCUACCAGAUAUCACUGUCUCCUUUCCCUCCCGGCGUGAGCCACAGUCGACCCCCCGUGCAGACCUUACAGAACCCCCCACCGCAAUGCGGUCCGGGCGAAGUGGUUCUUCCGGUUCCGUUUGCUCAGCAGGACUCCAAUUUGGUUUUAUCGACGGGGUACUCCACAAGUCUGGCUAACUUGGCCUGCUGCACCCUGCCCCCGAUGUACCCGGGUGCCGGUUCCUGCGCCGGGCUUCAGCUGCACGCCGUCAACCUGCACCCCUGGAACCCUUACCCCUGCCCGCCACCCAUGCAGGACCCUCCCGCACCUCCACUUCCAACCAAAACUCAUCAGACAUUAGAGAAGCCCGUCCUCUCGCCACCCCCUGCGACUGCCCCGCCGCCUCCACCGCCACCUCUGCCUCCACCACCGCCGCCCUCGGAGUUGCCCCCUUCCAAAUGCGCCACAGAGGACCCGGCGGAGUCGGCCACCGGCUUUCCGGAGCCGUCGUCUCUCAACGAAAGUCCUGCGACAAAGGAGUCGGACCGAUUCAACAAGAAAAGCCGCAAGAGACCCGACGGCCGAGCCGAGGAGGGCAACGUAUCGUCGGCGUCGAGAAAGGACGGCCGCACGCUGUCGGAUUUCAACUCUCUGAUCGCCAGCCCUCGACUAGGCAACAGAGACAAGAAGAAGCCCAAAGGACCCCGGGAGCAGCUCAACCGAGCCAAGAAGAUGAGCCGGGCUGCCAACGAAUUCCAGGACAGCUCAGAGAGCGAGCCGGAGCUUUUCAUCAGCGGCGACGAACUCAUGAACCAGAACCAGAGCAGCAAGAAGAGUUGGAAGAACAAGCGCAGCCUUCGCAUGGCGAGCGAGCUGGAGGAGAUCAAGUGCCGCAAGGCCAACGAACGGGAGGACCGCAGUUUAGGCAGUCAGGGCUUCGUCUAUGUGAUGGCUAACAAGCAGCCUCUGUGGAACGAAGCCACGCAGGUCUACCAGCUGGACUUUGGAGGACGGGUCACGCAGGAGUCGGCUAAAAACUUCCAGAUCGAGCUUGAUGGCCGACAGGUGAUGCAGUUCGGACGCAUCGACGGGAACGCCUACAUCCUGGAUUUCCAGUAUCCCUUCUCGGCAGUGCAGGCGUUUGCAGUGGCCUUGGCCAACGUGACUCAACGGCUGAAGUGAAGUUUUCAUGGCGCCGACGCAUUCUGACGGUAUCUGCCGCUUUGCUCGAGCAGCUUUUUGGGCCAUUUUCUUACCAUUUCACUUUGUCACGCUUAUGACAUGAGCACUUUGACCCGCCGGAUGAAUGUUUGAAAUUGGCAUUUCAAACAAGCCUCCCGCGAAUUAGCUAAGAUUUGAACUCGGAGCACCUUCUGAAGCCCAUUUAAAUAAGUUUGAAUUAUCGUUAGUUCAACUAUAGCCAGAGUAUGACAAAUUCCCUCACCAAAUAAUGCAACGGCAUUAUUUGAGAUCUUUUUCGAAAGAAAAUGUAAAGUUUUAUCAAAAUAGCAAAUAUAUGAACCACUUGUAGAUUUUUUUGGGGGGUGUCUUUAUCACGAUGAUGAAUGUAUUCAUGAGUGUCAGAAUUUGUGUAUAUAUUUUUUUCUAUCCACGUUACUUCAAGGAAGUGGUGCAUACCUUAUUAGCCUAGUAGUGGAAUCCGAAUUUUUUUUAGCAUUCAUUUUGGGGGGGCCCUUGCAUGCUCCAAAACGUUUUAUUUUUUUGGUGAAAAUUUUUAGGAAGAUAAAUUGCGCCCUGCGCCCCACCCCCUCCACCCCAAGACUCACUCAGCCCCCGACACUACGUAGUUUCAAAAAUCGACACAAAAUGUGGUGGGCAUGUCUCGCAUAACCGCACGCACAAAAAAAAAAGU